AUGGUUGCAGUCCCUGUUUCUAAAGAAUGCAGAAGACUAGAAACAGCUUUGGGGCGGAGCAUUGAGAAAGCCAUCAAAGCGAAUACUGAUGCACUGUGGGCUCGAUUUCAAGAAGAGAAUGCAAAGAAUGAGAAGUUAUUGCGAGAUCGCACACAACAGAUAACAAGUUUGAUCUCGAAUUUUAUCAAUAAGGACUUUGCAGCCAUGUUAGAGAAAACACUGAAGAAGGAAUUGGCUUCAGUUGGACAAGGUGUAGUUCGCACAAUAUCUCCAGUCGUCGAGAAAACAAUAUCUUCAGUUAUUGUUGAGUCUUUCCAGAGAGGAAUUGGUGAUAAGGCAGUGAAUCAACUGGAUAAAUCAGUAAACUCAAAACUCGAGGCUACUGUUGCUAGGCAAAUUCAAGCACAGUUUCAAACUUCUGGCAAGCAAGCUCUUCAGGAUUCCUUGAAGGCUGGUCUGGAAGCGUCAGUAAUCCCUGCCUUUGAGAUGUCAUGCAAAGCUAUGUUUGAUCAAGUCGAUUCUGCCUUCCGGAAAGGGAUGGUUGAGCAUACAACUGCAGCUCAGCAGCAUUUUGAAUCUGCACAUUCUUCACUGGCACUCACUUUAAGGGAUUCCAUCAACUCAGCAUCAUCAUUGACAAAAACCUUGAGUAUGGAGUUGGCUGAUACGCAAAGACAUCUGUUGGCUAUUGCAGCAAACUCAGGUGCAACAAAUCCAUUGGUUAGACAACCUAGCAAUGGACCUUUGGCUAGCUUCCAUGAGAAGGUUGAAACCCCUUUGGAUCCAAAGCAAGAGCUAAAAAGAUUAAUAUCUGAACGCAAAUAUGAGGAGGCUUUCACUAUUGCGCUGCAAAGAAGUGAUGUGGCUAUGGUAUCCUGGCUGUGUUCUCAGGUUGAUUUGCAGGGUAUCAUGUCUCUGUCUCCUCUUCCUCUAAGCCAAGGAGUAUUAAUCUCUCUUCUACAGCAGCUGGCCUAUGAUAUAAGCAAAGAGACUCCCCGAAAGCUUGAGUGGAUGACAUUGGUGGCGGCUUCCAUACUGCCAUUCGACCAAACGAUUGGUUACUACGUGCGGCCUACUGUUGAGCAAGUCUCUGAGAUUUUGAACCAUCUACGGAGCUCACCCGGUGGUCCUGGUCCUGGUCCUGAGCUCGCAAGCAUCCGUGUUCUCAUGCAUGUCAUUAAUAACUUGCUGGCGACCUGUAAAUGA